AUGAGCAUCCUGAAGCUGCCGGUAGUUCUCACGGUGUUCUCGGUUGCAUUAAACUAUCUGAAGGCUACCCCCAUGGAAAGUCAUCAGGUGGAAAAGAAGAAUUGCAACACAGCCACUUGUGCAACUCAACGCCUGGCAAAUUUUUUAGUUCGUUCCGGCAACAAUGUUGGUGCAGUUCUCCCGCCUACCAACGUGGGAUCCAAUACAUAUGGCAAGAGGAAUUCCGUUGAGGUUUUUAACAGAGAACCAUUGAAUUACCUAUCCUUUUAG